CUUUCUUGAACACCAAAACCAAACUGUUUCUCUUUCUUUUUCACUAUUUCCAUAUGCUGAAAAUAAGUUAGAGGUUUUAUUCAUUUCUUUCUCUAAUUGGUAGGUUUGGGUUUCUCUGAUCGGACCUAAUUCAAGCCAAAGCUGCUAAAACUGGAAAGGUGGUUUAGUUAGAAAUAAAAAGAAAGAGCGAAAGAAAGAAAAGGAUCAAAAAAAUGGCUAGGGAGAAGAUCAAGAUCAAGAAAAUUGAUAAUAUUACAGCAAGGCAAGUGACCUUUUCGAAGAGAAGACGAGGGCUUUUCAAGAAAGCUGAGGAGCUUUCUGUUCUUUGCGAUGCUGAGGUUGCUCUUAUCGUUUUUUCUGCUACUGGGAAGCUAUUUGAGUAUUCUAGCUCCAGUAUGAAGGACAUAAUCGCAAGGUAUAAUCUGCAUUCAAAUAAUAUCGACAAACUUGGCCGACCAUCUCUUGAAUUGCAACUUGAAAAUAGCAAUCACGCUCGGUUGAGCAAGGAGGUGGCUGAAAAGACUCAUCAACUCAGGCAGAUGAGGGGAGAGGAUCUGCGAGGCCUAAAUGUGGAGGAAUUACAGCAAUUGGAAAAAAUGCUUGAAUCAGGACUUACCCGUGUGCUUGAAACUAAGGGAGAGCGGAUUAUGAAUGAGAUCUCUGCACUUGAAAAGAAGGGAGAGCAAUUGCUGGAAGAGAAUAAACAGCUAAAGCAGAAGAUGAUGAAUCUGUGCAAGGGAAAAAGAGUUGUGGAGUCAGAUAUCCGUCUUCAAGAAGAAGGUUUAUCAUCAGAAUCUGUUACCAAUGUCUGCAGCUGCACCAGUGGUCCUCCUCUUGAAGAUGAUAGCUCUGAUACUUCCCUCAAACUAGGGUUGCCUUUCUGGAGAUGAGUGGAUAUAUAUGCAUGGAAGGACUUACCCAUUCUCGAUGGAUGGGCUAUCUCUGCACCCAAACUAAUUAAAAGCAAGUUUUUAUCUAUGAUGAGCAUAUUUCUGACAAUUCAGGAAAAAAGUAUAUAUAAAACUAAUUAAGUGUGAUAUAAUUGAUCAUUUUAUAUAUAAAAAAUAUUUGAGAGAAAAAUUGAAAAAUAAAAGGUCUCGAGUCUAAAUAUUAGCGGGGCUAUCCUUGCUGUAUAUUGUAUUGAUUUAAAAUGAAUUACUAGAUGUGAUGGUCACAAAA